CUGCAUUUGAAAAAUUAGCAACAAAAAUAUUAAAAACAACUUGUAUAGGAUUAGCUUUAAUAAAUUAGUUUUAUGGAAUUAUGGGAGAUUAUGAGAUUAAAGAUGAUGAUCUGGUUAAUAUAUCUGUUCGUGAAAUGACAAUACAAGAAAAAAAACUGCUAAUGGAAACAGGCAGUGAAAAUGGUUGCAAAUCAACUACUCAUAUCUGGAGAAUUGAACAGGACUACCCCAAUCAAUGCCAGCUAUUUUCGAAUUUAAAAGUUGUAGCUAUCGCACUUGGUAACGACCAUGUGUUACUUUUAACUAAUGAUAAAAAAAUUUAUACCCAAGGUCUUAACACAUUUGGUCAGCUUGGUAUUGGUGAUGUAGAAGAUCACAGUGAGCGUCUUUGCUAUUUAAAGUCAUUAGAGGGAUUAGAUGUCAAAAGUAUAUGCUGUGGUGCUAAUCAUAACUUUGUUAUUUGUAAAGAUGGGUCUGUAUAUGCUUGGGGUGAUUCCAGAAAAGGGCAGUGUGGAUUAGGAAUACUAGGAAUUAUUAAUACUCCAACAAAACUUAGAUUUUCAAAAUCAUUAAACUCUGGUGACAGUGCAUCAAAUGAUAAUAUUCCUAAAAUAAGGAAAGUUGGUUGUGGAGAAUUAUAUACAAUUAUGAUUGAUUUUCAGGGGUGUGUUUGGUGCUGCGGAUCAGGAGAAGUUGUGGGCCAUACAAGUAAUAAUCAAGAAUGUGUUGCAAAACCUAUAAUUGUUAAGAAAAUACAAUAUAAAAAAGCAUUCAAUUUAGCUAGUGGAGAGAAUCAUUGUAUCAUUGUUACACAUGAUGAUUUUGAAGAGAGUCAUUUUAAUUUAGGAGGUCCUAAUUAUCGAACUGUCUCUGUUUCCAAUAGUUAUUAUUCUGGCUCAAAUCAUGACUUGUCAACUGCAUCUAAAAUUCCAUUUUUGCAUAGUAUGUUUUAUAGUAGCAAAAAUGAUGAAGAUGAUCACAAUCUUAUUAGAAGAUCAAUGAGAAGGUCACAUUCUGAUCCUCAAGUUGAUGUUUAUUCUAACAGAAUACGCUCAACAGAUCCAGAAAAUUUUGUGUCAGAGCUUGAUUUAAGAGUAUUAUCAAGGCAUAACACACUAAAAGAAACUAAUAGAAACUUGGCUCUUCAUGGUCUGCCAACAUUCCAGGAAAACAUUCUUCAGCAAUCAGAAAUUGAGCACACAUUAAGUUCAAAUGUUCAAGAGUCAUCAUCAUGCUUUUUUUCUGCUUUGGAUGUGAACUCUUCAUCAGCUACUCCUAUAAUGGAUGCUUCAACAAGUUCAAUUAAUUCCUAUAUUAGUUCAGAAAAAAGUGAUGAUGUUGCAAGUUCUACAAUAUUUUCUGGGCGAAAAUCAUUAUUUGAAGAUGAUGAUAAAUCUUUUAUAAAAAAAGGCAGCAUUGGACUGUCACAACGUUCUAUGACGAAUAUUAGGUCUGGAAUAGCUUUAUUUAAUUUAAUUGAUAACGAAGAAGACAAUGUUAAGGGGAGUACCAACACUGAAGUAUGGAGUUGGGGAAAAAAUACUUAUGGUCAACUUGGACUUGGCGAUCUAAGUUACAGAUGUGAACCUACAUUAAUCAAUAAGCUAAAAGGUAAAAAUAUUGUACAAGUUACAGCUGGUUCAGAUCAUUCCAUAGCUCUAACAGCACAUGGACAGGUUUAUAGUUGGGGAGAUAACACUUAUGGUCAACUUACACAUUCAAAUACACUAAUUCAACUUCCAAAAAAAGUGAAGGCUUUAGUUGGUAUCAAUGUUUGGGAUAUUGCAGCUGGCAGAAAUUUUUCUCUUUUUAUGGGUGAUGUAUCUAGAAUCAAAACUGAAGUCUUUUAUUGUGGGGAAUUAGAUCCUCUAAAAAUGUGUAGAUCAAUUUCAAAUCCUGUUAUUAAAGUGCCAACUUCUUCAAAAAAGAGAAAUGACAAUUGGUGGCGUUUGUCACGGCGUUCAAAGAAAAUUGGAAAGGAUGCUUCUGUUGAUGUUCAUAUAAGAAAGUUUACUCAUUUUGAAAAUGAGGAGUUAGUGCGCUCAAUAUAUGCUAAUGAUUUUUGCUUUGGUUGCAUCACUGAAAAAAUGAGCAGCAACUCUGUAGUUGGAACAAUUUAUAAAUUUUCAAGAGCUGAACGAUUAUUUUUCCAACAGUUAACAAUAAUUCAAAAAGCUAUAAUUGACCCGCUUAUAAGCAGUGAGUCUUGGGGACAAAUCACAAAACUUGUUGGUGGGGAAGCAUUGCUUCAUAUUGUUGACUCCUUUGUUGAUUUGUUAAAUGCAACCUCUACUGAACUCUCACAGCUCACUGAGGUUAUUAGAUGGAGCUUGCCCACUAAAGAACUUUUCUCUUAUUUGUUUUCUGACAGUUUUCGAGCAGUCUAUGACAGAUAUUCCAUUUGCUAUUCUGAUGCACUUGCAGUUGGACUUUUACAUGUAUGCAAUAAAGCUGCAAGCUCAAUUAUAUCUAAAAAUAAAUCUAUUGCAAAAGAUUUAGAAAAAAAUUUAGCAUUGUCACCUGCAUCUUUUGAGAAUUUGUUAAAAGCUCCUCUAAUGAGAUGUCAUGUUUUUUCUGAUAUCGCAAAGCAAGUAGCUUCAUUUUUUAAAACUUCCUCAGAAUAUGAUCAUUUACAAGAGGUUUACCUACGUUGGUUAUCGUUUUCAGAAAAAAAUACAAAGCGCAUGAUUUCUGCAAAUGUCACAAGAAAGUAUUGGGAUGAAUUUCACAAAAAACUUACAGAAGUUUUACGAGAUCCAAAACGACGAGUUUUGAAGUCAAGUAAAGAUGACCCAUUGUCUCUCUCACGAGCUUCCAGGUUAUCAAGUCACUCAUACAUACUUUGCAAUGAUGUUUUUGUACAUGUUCAGUUUAACAGAAGCUUUCAAGUUUUUCCGCUGAUUACACUGUGGGCUGAUUCAGUUCCAGACUCUAAUCAAGUACAAAAUGGAAUUCAAAUAACAUCACCUGAAGAGUCAUUUGUUUUGUCAGCAGGAACUCCUGAUGGAAAGAUUUCUUGGUUAAAGGAUCUUAAUCAAGCUAUUGCUUCUUGUCUUUCAGCAUGUUCUUCACAUAGUUUGGAUGUUGAUGCAGUAAAUAGUCAAUCAGGUUUAUUGACAGCAGCAGCUGCACGUGAAGCAACAUAUGUUUAUGUAAAUCAUUUAAAGUAUAAACAUGCUCAUUAUAAAGGAAUGUGGUUAAAAGGUUACCCUCAUGGCAGAGGAAAAAUGAGUUGGGAAGAUGGGACAUAUUAUGAAGGGGAAUUCGUCCAUGGACUAUUUUAUGGGUAUGGACAAAUGAAGUGGCCUCAAACAGCUCUUAAUUUAAUGGAAAAAACGUAUGAAGGGGAGUGGUUUGAGGGAAUGAUGUUUGGAUAUGGAAAAAUGAAGUAUGGUCAAUUUGAGGAGUAUAUUGGGCAUUUUAGAGAUGGAUUACGUCAUGGUCAUGGAAUGUUGAAAACAUUAGUACCUAAAAAUACUUUAGAAACAGUAUAUAUUGGUGAUUGGGUGAAUGAUGUCAAACAAGGUUAUGGUGUCUUAGACUAUGUGAUACGUGGUGAGAAGUAUAUGGGUAUGUGGGUGAACGAUCAAAGACAAGGAUAUGGUGUUGUUGUCACAGUUGAUGGUGUUUACUAUGAAGGGAAGUUUGUUCAAAAUAAACUUGUGGGAAGAGGGAUUUUGUUGAGUGAAGAUGAAACAUGCUAUGAAGGCGAAUUUACUGCAGAUAUGCUUCUUAACGGAAAAGGUGUGUUGACCUUACCAAAUGGUGACUUUAUUGAUGGAACGUUCUUUGGGAAUUGGGGUGAAAGCAUUAAAUUAAAUGGAACAUUUUCAAAGUUCUCAAAUCCACUCAAACCAAGUGGAAUUGAUGCAGGAAGGACUAAUCUACUUGAAUCAACGAGUUUUGCUAUUGAUGCCAAUAUGAAAUGGAGCUCGUUGUUUCAAGAAUGUUUUUCCGCUUUUGGUUGUCAUGAUGGAAAUAAAGAUGUGGAUCCAGAAUCAGCUUGGAGAUGCGCAGAUAAUGCAGUUCAAAAAAAUUUAGGAUCAUCCAUAGAUAUAAGACUUCAAGUAUUUCCUCAUGAUGUUUUCCAGCUCAAAAAAAAGAAUUACAAGGAUUACAUGAAGAUUGCAACAAACUUAAAAGAACUGCAGGAUUUUUUAUCAAAAAUAUUUGACACACCUGGGCAUCCCCUAAAUUUACUUGUUGAUGGUUUAGUUGAUGUAUACCGAGCAACAUACGUAGGUGUAGGAGCACACAGGCGAUUGCUACCACAUGCUGUAGCAGAAGCAAAGUCUUAUGUGUCACGAGUGUUUAAUGUUUUGAGAGUAUUGUUCCCUGAUUUGCAUGAUGAAGAAUUCGUUCUUCUUUCAAAUGAUUCUGCGGACGGUGUUUUGGAAACUGCUAUAAACAGUGUAUCAUUGCUGCAUCCGCUUUUGUUACCGCGAUUGUAUCCACCACUAUUUACUUUGUAUGCUCUCCAAACUGAAAAGUCAGAUGCUCUUUACACAGAGAAACUUUAUUAUUUAAAUAAACGAGGAGACAUUGCCUUGCUAUCUUUUCUUGGAUUAAACCGAUCUUUUUGGUUGAUAUCUGAAAAAUAUUUAUCUGGCAAUAAAUCAAGUCAAUCAAUUGAAAAAGAAAGACCCUAUGUUUCAGCUAUUGAAAUGCUAGAACGUAUUAGUACUACUUACAGCCCUAUGGGAAAGAUAGAAAUCAUUCGAAGAACAUUCGGAAAAAUUCACGAGGCUAUAAAUGAACAUUAUAAAGGACAAAAGAAACCAGUUUUAUCAAUGGAUGAUCUUUUUCCACUUUUUCAAUAUAUUGUUAUCAGAACAAGGGUACCUCAUCUUGGUUCAGAGAUAAAAUUUAUUGAAGAUUUGGUUGAUCAAGCUACUUUAGUUGGUGAAGCUGGUCACAUGAUAACUACUCUUAGUGCUUGCUAUUUUCAAAUUCAACAAGAGCGUGAUCGAGAUUGAACACAGGACGACUUCUGAACAAAAUGAAAAUUAUGGACUUUUUUAAUACUUUGUGAUACCUCUUUUUAUUGGAAAAUAUUAUUUAUUUUGC